CAGAAGCAUCGCUCUAUAUUUAUCAAAUCAUGAGGCUUGUUGUGACGCAUGCAAAUAAAGAACACCAGCCUCAGGAAAUAAAACAUGGUGCUGUCCACCCUGCAGACCUGUGGAUCUUCAGAACCUCCUGUAGGAUCCCUGCAGGGCAGGUCGUGUUGAUUCGUUUAUGUUAAAAUGGAGGAUUUUGAGUUCAGCGUGGAGAUCUGCGACCGUGACUGGCAAUGCUUUUAUGAGGCGUGCGAAGAGUGUAGCCUGCGUCCUCCAUUGCUGGCGACCGCAUACGACUCUGGGCUGAGUGACGGUGAUGACAAAAAGUAUGCGCUUGUUGAAACCACACAGACAAUUGAACAGAAGGGAAGCUUCCAAGAGUUGGAUUACUCCCUAAACAGCACAGCCACCUACACCCAUAAUAACUUUUCUGUAAAGACUGGCCUCGGUCAACAAACCAUCAGUGGAAUGGAGAGUAUCCUGUCAGGCAGUGAGGAAGAUAUUCACCUGCAGUCGGUCAAUAUGUUCUUUGAAGGCUUAAGAGAAAGCAAAGUGUCAAAUCCAGAGGAGGUCAAUCUAUGCCGUAAUGGACUAGAAGCCUGCUGUGAUCAGCCAGCCAGAGAUAAAACAAUAGUUGGCAAAGGGAACGACAUCAGUGAAAUAAACACAGUAAAAAAAGCUUGGCCUGGCUCAGAGCUCAAGACUGACAAAACAUUUAUCAGAGGAUGCAUUGAGAGCGGAACCAAUCAAUCACCUCCUCAUCAGCCUUGUGACCUACCUGAUGGCAGUGUGUGCUCAGAAAGGAAAGAGGCAGACAUUUCCCAAUCUUGUCAUCCCAGAAAGAGGGAUCACAAGGAGGACCCUCCUGGGUCAAAUUCUCCUUUGACUUCAGUUAAAAAGAAGCGAAAGCGGAAAAGACGACUCAGUGUGUUGUCAGCCCAGAGUGGAUAUGACAGACAUACAAACGAGGAGCAAGAUCUGACUUCAUGUCUUAGCAGUACUGGGUUUGUAUCUCAAACUGAAGAACAAAAGAUGGACUUGUUGGUCACAAAUGAUCUUAAUAGGGUCAUUCUUCCAUGUGGAAGUCCAUGUCAAGAUAAAAGCAGGAGAGAUGAACAUAAAGAUGAUUUACUGAGUGAAGAGUAUGCUUAUGGUGUGUGUUUUAUUCCUCUUUGUUGUGACGCUAAAUUAAAUCUGGAAGGCAGCAAAGCAGAAGUCAAGUCGGUUACCGACUGGGAUUGUGAUGAUGGUGAUGCUGUGGAAGGUUGCCAGAGUGACAAAAUAUACUCUGCUAAGUCUGUCCUGGCCGUUGAGGCUCUACAUUCUGUCAGAGACAUGCGCACAGGGUGUCAAAGAGAGACUGAGGCCCAGCAACAGAUGGAGCUGGAGGGUCAUAACCUGGAUCAAAAUAAUCACAAUUCUGAAAAGGCUGAUCUUUCAUUCAUGUCUGAUACUCAAAACUUAACCUUAACCAACACGGAUCUCCAGAGGUGUAAAAACAAAGGGUACCCAAUGGAUGAAUUAACAACUGAUUUUGUGGAUUUAUUACGUCAUAAAAGCUUGCGGACCAAAAGACCUUCCAGUAAAGUUAUUAAAGAAACAGAACAUCAUUGGAGUUGUGACGACGAAAGUCCCAAUUUGUCCGAUGGUAUUCCAAGUACCAAUAAGGGUAAAACAAAUGCAGAGUCGUCAAUGUCUAAAAACCCACCUCCAUCAUCCUGCUGUGCAAGAGACAAAACGAAUACAGUGUCUCCCUAUGAAUUAAACAUUGCUUGUUCUUCAUCUCCCUGUCCAAAUGACACCAGAGAUAGAAGUGGUAAAACGUCCCCAACCAUGGCCUCACACCAGGAAGCAGAUCAUGACACAGGAUUAUUAUCAACCAAGUUAAAGUUUGACAAUGAAAGCACCAUCCCAACAUCAAGACAUGGACAUCCUGUUUUUGUAAUGUCUUCUUUUUGGAGUGAGAUGGAGAAGCUGACAAUAAAUGACAUCCUGGGUUUGAGAAAGAAGAAUGAGGAACCAAGCGAUUCCGGCUUUCUUUCUGAGCCUGUUGAGUCCGAUUCACUGCAAACGGGUGAAGACACAUUUAAACAUCGUAAAGCAGUCAAGUCAAAUCCUGUUUCCAAGUCAACAAAGUGUGUACUGCUAUGGGAAAGUGAACCCUCGCCACCUUGUGACGUUCUUCCUGAGACGAUGAAGGUGAAGUCCCUGGCUGGUUCACUUGGACAUGGAAGCCUUCCAAAGGGGCUUCGGACAAUUUCAAAAAAUCUAAGCGUGUCCAAUCUGCAAGCUCUGGAUUCAGAGUCGUGCAGCAAAACAUGGGUAGGCCAAAGUUUGCAAACCUUCGAAGAAAGAGAGUUGGACUAUUUAGGCGAUGGAGAUACACAGACUUCAUCUUCAUCAACACUCAGCUACAGUUUCUCCCUCACCGAUAUAUUCCAGUACUUCUUUGGAAGAAAUCAAGACGUUUCAAGCCAAUCAGCUACAGAUGACACCAUAGACAGCACCAUGCAAGGAAAUUCUGUCCCUGAAACUUACCAUCAUUUCUUUUCCCAGUUUGAUACGGACACCUUUUUCUAUCCUUUUGUCACAGAACAUAAGCACAAAAAGUCAUUACCAGUUAAAAAGCUAGACUUCCCUGAAGCCUAUGAAUACUUUUUUGCUUCCUCUUCUUGUUCGGAUGAUUCCUCAGAAGACGAGGAUGAUGAAAGCCGUGGUCCAGUCAGAGUUGUGAGCAGGUUCAGCCAAAAAUCAGGUGCCACUCAUUCCUUAAUUGACACGUAUGAGAACUUCUUCUCUGAUGGCGACAUGCGAGACAGUUUCUUUUGGAAAAUGACAUUCUCUUUUAGGAACGUUCACCUCAGUGGACGUGCAAUCCAGAACAAGAGGUCAAGCCCUUUGUCUCUUGUACCCAUGAAGCAAAAUGUUCAAUCCCUUGCGAAAACAACCCCUCCUCUGAGACUUUUAGGGCACAUGGACGGUCCUGAUCCACUUGUCCUUCAAAGGGAAGAUACAAUCUCUAGAUGGAUAUCGACACAACCAUACGGAUAUGAGGACUUGCAAAGAGCUGUUCCAAAUCCAAGGACAAAUGCGUCCGUCCUCCCCUGCAGACAAUCAGACAUGUGUCUGGUCUGUAUUGCUUUUGCUUCCUGGUUGCUGAAGACGGCAAACCCCCAAGUUGGAGACACAUGGAAGGCGGUUCUGCUGGCCAACAUUAGUGCUCUGUCUGCCAUUCGAUACCUGCGGAAGUUUGCCAAAGUGGAGGUGGCACCCACUCCUAACAAAAGUGUCUUACCGCCCUCAAUGGGUCUUGAUAUAUCUAAAUGACUUGGCACUACAUUUAGGAUUAGGUUUAAAAAAAAUCUGUGCUGAUUUGCACAUCUGUUAAUGAUCAUGAGUUUUGUUGAAGACUGCUUUGAAUGACCAAAUUAAUGUAUUUUUAUUCACAUUAGGUUUUUUUGUAUGUGUUAAAAUCUUGGAUGUACUGGAGGCACUUUAGUUCUAUUUAUUUCCCUUACUAAGUUUCCAAUUAAUGUUGAUUAUUCAGUAAUUACUUUAAUGACUGGAAAUACCCUGGAAAAAACGUUUGUCGUGUGAUUUAAAAUUGAUGUAAAAGUU